UACAUGCAACAGUACACCGCAUGUGCAGUAAUACGUGCAACAGUACGCUGCUCGUGCAGUUAUACGACAUGCAACAGUACACCGCUCCUGCAGUAAUACGACGUGCAACAGUACACCGUUCAUGCAGUAAUACGUGCAACAGUACACCGCUUGUGCAGUAAUACGUGCAACAGUACACCGCUCGUGCAGUAAUACGUGCAACAGUACCAUACAGAUGUAUGAUGAGAUAGGGCAACAUAAAGCAGAUGACUAUGAUGUACCAUUUUAUUAGGGUCAAAAGUCUAUUUUAGGUAGGCUAGAUCUACUAUCUUUUUUUUUAAGUUACAUAACGUUGACAUGCUUAUUUCCGUUAUACUCCUGUUUACAAAAAGUGCACGCGCACCGCACACGAUUUGCAUAUGUCGUCAUCACUUUUUGCGUAAACAAGGAACUGUCAAAAGUUUAUCACGCAGCUGUCAAACGUAAAAAAUAAUGCGCUUCAAACAGUGUAAUCCCAAUAAGGUGGCUGUAAAGUACAGAUGUUACUCUGCUACAGCUCUUACUAAUGCUUAUCAGGCUGUGAGGGAGGAAAACAUGUCUGUUAGAAGGGCAUCAAUUCAGUUCAAUGUACCCAUGCAGACGCUCCGAGACAGGGUAUUGCAUAAGGUAGACCCCGAGACAGUCCGGUCAGGACCUCAGCCAUUGUUCAGUGAAGGGGAAGAGGCAUUAUUUGUAAACAAUUUGAAGUACAUGGCGUCACUAGGUUAUGGUUAUACAGGUCCAGAAGUCAUUGCUAAAGCUUCAAAUUACGCAGUGCACCUGAGGAAGAGAUCUAAAGACCAGCCUCUAUCAGAAAAAUGGUACAGUAGACUUAAAUCGAGAUGGCCAGAAUUAAAAACUUUAAGUCUAAGAGCACUGGCAAAGGAACGAGCUCAAGCAACAUCUGAACAUGUUGUUAAUCAUACUUUGAAAAUAUUCACACUGUACUUUUGGCCAAUGAUCUUCUUGACAAACCAGAAUGCAUAUACAACUUUGACGAGAAGGGAGUCCAAACUGAACAUCGUCCGCCGAAGGUUGUUGCAGAAGGUGUACAUGCAGUACCAGCGAUCACUUCACCAAGAUCUUCAGUUACUACUAUCUUAGGAUGUGGGAAUGCACUUGGAACUCAACAUGCACCAUAUUUUAUCUUUAAAGGACAGUGCAUGAGUAAUGAGCUACUUGCAUAAUUUACACCAGAAGUGUCUGGCUGUGUAACUGACAGUGGCUGGUCCAAUUCAGAGACACUUUCUUGAAAUACUUGAAUGAUCAUUUUCUUAAUUUUGUUCAAAGGCCGGAUGAAAGCCAGCCUAUUUUACUAAUUUUUGAUGGGCACAGGUCCCAUAUUAACAUUCCAGCCAUAGAAUGGGCCAAGCAACACAAUGUCAUACUAUUUGUACUUCCAGCUCAUACUAGUCACUGUAUUAUUACAACCUCUAGAUGUAGGGUGCUUUGGACCACUGCAGCGUGUGUGUAACUCAGUGUCACAAAUUCUUACGAACAAAUCCAGGAUCUAGAAUUACUCGGUACAAUGUUUGUAAGUUAGCAUGUUCAGCAUAUGCAGCUGGAUUAUCUGCAAGUAACUUGAGAUCUGCAUUUCAGAAAACAGAUAUUUAUCCGUUUCAACCAGCUGCAAUCUCUAAAGAUGCAUUAGCUCCUGCAGAUGCUUAUCACCUCACACCUAUGGCACAAAAUCCUGUCUGUUCUCAAAAGCCUUCUGGUGAUCCAGAGGACAUUUUUUUCUCCUGACCAUGAAUUGAUUGCUAAGAAGCAGGAAUUUGAGAGUAAAAAGGAACAUAAAAAUACUGUUAGCAAAAUAGUUUCUGAUAAAUGUAUUACUAAUCCAAUUGUUGAGAAAAAAAAUCAUUGAAUUCUCUGAGGGUCAGAAAAAGAGGAAAAUUGAGUCAUCAAAAACAGGUAAACUGUCUAAAAAUAAAAAGGUAUCAAAAUCAUUUAAACCUAAAAAUGUUCAGAAGAAACUCUCUGGAUUCGAACCUCAGUCCGGUCCUUCAAAAGUCGUUGUAUCUUCUUCUGACUCUUCUGACUUUUCAGACACUGAAAUAGUGUUGUGUAUGUAAUAAAUUUGAGCCUGAGUAACUCAGAAAUAUUGUGUCACUGGUUUUUGUUAAAUUGGCCAAGUGUGACAUUACUGGAUGUGAUCACUGGACCCACUUGAAAUUCUGCUGUCCUCAAAAGGUUGUCAGGUACAAUGACAGUUUCGAAUGUCCAUGUUACCAAAGACAUUCUGAACUGACUGAAGAGUAAAUUGGAAAUGUCAUAAAAAAUAUGAAACCAAAUGAAAAUAUUGUAAAAACCUUGUUUUUGUGGGGUUUUUUUUUUUCUGUUUUUAUAUUUGCAGAAAUAUUAACCUGUACUCUGAUUAUGUUUCAACUCUGUUGGAAUAGAUAUUUUGAACUGCUGUAUACUUUUAAAACAAUACAAUGUCAAGUUCACGAAAUUGGUGGGUUUCCAAAAUGGCGGACUUUUUGUACAUGUUGUAUUUGUAGGGGAUUGUGCAUCAUUUAAAGGAAGUUUUCAAUUUUUAUAGUUUAUAUAUUGUCUGCUGGGAUAUAGAUUAAAAGGUACACUAAUACACCAAUCUUGCCUCAGGUAGUUUGCAGCUGAUAGACAAAUGGACGCAGACGAUUCUAGAAACUGUUUAACAAACAGAGUAACCAGUGAAACCUAUAUACACUUACCAGCAAGAGAGGCAACUGUUUUACCAAGGAGGACAGAAACUAUACGUACAGCUUUGAACAAAGUAAAGACAAAACUGAGUUUGACAGAUGAGGGAGCCACACCUGUGAACUGGAAAUGCAUGUUUCUCGUGUUCAUUCCCCUGUUUUCCAGUUCAUUGAAUAUAGCAUUCAUAUCCUCAUUUCUACCGGAAAUGAUCCUGUAUUCCACUGAAGAGCAUAAAAUAAAAGAGUCUUAUAAGGAACACUGGAUUUUCACUCUUGCAUUACAUUAUUGCAGACAUUUGGAUAUAAAGAGCCUGACAUUUGGAUAUAAAGAGACUGAUAAGGGAUAUUAUGCUGGUCUAAUUGCUUCUGCUAUGUUUGUUGGUCGAGUAUUCGGAAGUUACUUUUGGGGUUGGAUGGGAGACAGGAUCGGCAGAAGACCAAUCCUUCUCGUUACUGUUUCUCUUGUUGGUUUGUGUUCUUUGAUGUUUGGUUUUACCACGAAUAUAUACUUCGCAAUCACUGUCAGAUUUCUUUCUGGACUUGUCAAUGGUGUUGCUGGGUUAGCAAAGACAAUGCUGUAUGAACUGACUGACAACACUAACCAAGCCGUCGGUGUAUCUGUAGCUGGUAUAGGCUGGGGAACCGGUAUUAUUGUCGGUCCGGCUGUAGGGGGUUUUCUAGCAGAUCCAUCCAAGCGUUUUCCAGGUUCAUUUACUAACAUAGGACUCUUCGAAAGAUUUCCAUAUAUCCUUCCAUCUUUUUUUGCAUUUAUAACAUGUCUUAUCACCGUUAUAGUGGAUUUUAUAUGGCUUCCAGAAACUCUCAGUAUGAGAAAAACAGAGGAAGUGAUUGUUGAAGAUAAUGGGAGUGCUGACAUUGAUACAAAACGUAUAGAACCUUGCCAGUUAAAUCAUACCAUUAAUUCAACCGGUUCGAGAGAGACUCUCGCAAGACGGGCUGUAUCUUUAGAACACCUUAAUUUUAUAUCCGAGUAUUCAUUUCUUAUAAAUGAAAGUGAUUUAUUUCACAGGAAAGGGAAAUCAUUGACAGACCUUCGAGAUCGCAGUGGUAGAUUCAAGCAGAAGUAUGGUUACAAAGAAUGUAGUGAUUCAGAAAAGAGAAAUAUAUUCCAUACAAGUCUGUUUGACGGUGUACCUGAUAAGACAGAAGCUGAAGACUCGAAUAGACAAGACAUAGAUGACUGUUUGAAAGAAAAGCUUCUGUCCACGCAAGUUAACUCGGAAAUGGAAAGAGUUGCCAUAAGUAAUGAUUCAAACACAGAGGAUAAUAUGACAACAAAAUGCUUCGCAUGUUUCUCAGUUUUAAGAAAUUGGUCGGUCAUAAGAUUAAUGAGUCAGUUUGAUAUUUUCCUAGCCAUAACGUUAUAUUCCGUGUUUUCCUUUGGUAUUAUCGGCGUGGAAGAAAUAUUUACAGUUUGGACGUCCACAGAUAUAAUGUUAGAUGGCCUAGGCUUUGCGCCAAAUGAAAUUGGGAUUGUGUUAGCCGCUACAGCGUUCCCACUGUUAUUUAUACAGUUGUUCCUUUUCCCAAACCUGGUCAGACGCUUUGGUAUCAAAAAGACAAUGUUGAUAUGUACUAUUUUGAUGAUGGUGUUUACAGAAUGCAUGCCGUGUCUUCACCUGUUAAUAAAUCAACCGGUGACGCUGUGGGUUUUGCUAAUGACAAACAAUAUUUUGAUGACGUUGAUGAUGUAUUGUGUUUUCUCUUGUACAUAUCUUCUCGUUAACAACUCAGUGAAGCCGGAAUUAGCCGGACAGGUGAACGGGUUAGCAAUGACGCUUGUAGCUAUAACUAGGUCAAUCUCUCCUAUUGUUGGCGGUACUAUAUAUUCCUGGAACGUUGGGUAUACAUCUGAUGCUAUAGGACCUCCGUUAGACGUCAGCUUUGUAUUCUUUGCUUUCGGACUGGUGUUCUGGUUGGUGGCUGCAGUGUGUGUUACAAUACCAGAGAGCCUCAAUAACCAGAAGAAAUAAAGCUGUACAUACACCUAAUAAUACAUUUUGUUGGCUUGCCUCUGGCACCGUCUCCAGUACACGUCAUUUACAAGCGAUGAAGUGUUUCCACAAAAAGCGUAGCAGUUGCGACUUUGAUAUGUUCAUUAUUUAUCUCAAAGUAUCAUAUCAUAUUAUACGUUACUUUCCCAAUGUGCAUAUAAAGCAAGACAUUGAAGCUUUACAUGGUGUUGUUUUUGAGGGUGAAACUCGAGAUAACUUAUAACUAUACAAUAUGUUUUUAAAUAUUAACAUAUAUUAACAUUCAAAGUGCAAGCAGCAUCAUCCUGGUAAAACUUUCGUUGAAGUCUCGUAUGUUACAUGUCACAUGUUACAACACAAAAACAUUUCAUCACCAUGAACUGUACAAAAGAGUCCUUUUUUAUUCUCCCGCCAAAGGCGAAGGGGAUAUUAGAAAUGCUCUCCGUCCGUGCGUCCGCAACGAUCUUUGUCCGGAGCAUAACUCCAAAAGUACUGGAGGGAUUUUCUUCAAACCUCAUACACUGAUAGAACACAUUGGGAGGAAGUGCAGUGUGCAAGAACAAUAACUCUACCUUGCCUAUUUUUUGAGUUAUUCCCCUUUGUCAUAUUUUCUUUAAAAAAAUUUAUCCGGAGCAUAACUCCAAAAGUACUGGAAUGAUUUUCUUCAAACUUCAUACACUGAUAGAACACAUUGGGAGGAAGUGCAGUGUGCAAGAACAAUAACUCUACCAUGCCUAUUUUUUGAGUUAUUUCCCUUUAUCAUAUUUUCUUUAAAAAAUUUGUCUGGAGCAUAACUCCAAAAGUACUGGAGGGAUUUUCUUCGAACUUCAUACACUGAUAGAACACAUUGGGAGGAAGUGCAGUGUGCAAGAACAACAACUCUACCUUGCUUACUUUUUGAGUUAUUCCCCUUUGUCAUAUUUUCUUUAAAAAAUUGUCCGCAGCAUAUCUUUUUCAUGCAUGGAGGGAUUUCGAUAUAUCUUGGCACAAAUGUUCACCACCACGAGGUGGAGUGUCAUGCGCAAGAACCAGGUCCCUAGUUCUAAGGUCAAGGUCACACUUAGAGGUCAAAGGAUACAAGAAUGAAAACCUUGUUCGGAGUACUUCUUCUUCAUGCAUAGAGGGAUUUUGAUAUAACUUGGCACAAAUGUUCACCACCACAAGACAGAGUGUCGUGCGCAAGAUCCAGGUCCCUAGGUCUAAGGUCAAGGUCACAGAGGCCAAAGGUCAGAUACAAGAAUGACUUUGUCCGAAGCAUUUCUUCUUCAUGCAUGGAGGGAUUUUGAUGUAACUUGGCACAAUUAUAUACCACUUAUGAGACGAAGUGUCAUGCGCAAUUCCCUUCUUUAGAAUUACUUCCCUUUGUUUUUACUUUAAAUAGCUUUUAUUGUAACUUUUUCAUAACUAGUCGUAGGGAAAUAUCGAGACCACUUUUCAGUAGUACAACAUGCAUGCUACAUCCAAUUUUGAGGAAUAUUUUGACCAACUCUACCUGGUAAAGAUGUUUGUGUGGACUUACAUUUUUUUUUCUUUUAAAAUUAACUUCCAUUAGUUGUUACUAUAAAUAACUUAUGUUGUAACAUUUUUAUAAUUGACCACAGGGAAAAAAACAAGACCACUUUUCUGUGGUACAACCUGGAUGUUACUUUCCAAUUUUAGGUGUAUUUUAAGACAUCUCUACCUGGUAAGGAGUUUUUUGUGGACUUAGAAAAACAGAAGACUUACAAUGGUUACUAAACAACCACAAAAUUAAAAUUCCAUUUGCAAAUACAGCUGUAAAGAAAUUUGCUCUGACGGGCAUAUAUUGUGACAUUCUGGCACUCUUGUUCCCUGUUAGCUUUCCAUUCCAUUCUUUUUACAGUAAUCAUAUAGAAAAACAUCAUACAGCUAUACUGUUCAUGAAAAUUAAUAAAAUUUAGCAGUAAUCCACCUCACCACUGAAUAAUUCUUUCUUCCACAUCUUUAAAACCCCUGAUGUGGACCACAACUAAACGGUUUUUCAAAGCUUCUGCCAAAAUGAAUACUUUCAUACACUAACUUGCCAGGAACUUUAGCCUUCAAUUAUAAUAUGCCCGGCGGGGGGAUUGGCCAUGUCUAACAUGGCUCUUGUUACCUUUGUAAUUACAUGGCCUCUUUUUUUCUUGUGGAUUGGCAUAUAGAGUAACAAAGUAUUUUUUAGUUUAUUUCUAUAAAAGAAGAUAAGGUUUUGGGACUAUAAAUAUUUGAACUUCUAUAAAUAUUAGAUAGGUUUAUUAUUUAAAUUCAAUUUCUCUCUAGAAACGAGAAUACCUGUGUAACAUGUCAAUAAAUCUCUGGCACAGGA